UGUCAGGUGGCGGCGCCGCAGCCAUGGAGGGAGGCGGCGGCGGCAGCUCUGGCGGCUGUGCUGGGAGGUGGCGGUGAGCGGCUCCCACGCCCCCGGCCCGGCCCCGGCCACCGGGACGGAGCGCCGAGCAGCCCCGACUCUGGGCUGUGGACUAUGGGCAAGCAGCGCUGAUCCCCCGGGGAAGAACUGAGAAUGAAGCGGAGAGCAUCAGACAGAGGAGCUGGGGAGACGUCGGCCAGGGCCAAGGCUUUAGGGACUGGCAUUGCUGGAAAUAAUGCAAAGAGAGCAGGACCAUUCAUCCUGGGUCCCCGCCUGGGCAACUCACCGGUACCGAGCAUUGUGCAGUGUUUGGCAAGGAAAGAUGGCACAGAUGACUUCUAUCAGUUGAAGAUCCUCACCCUUGAGGAGAGGGGCGAGCAAGGAAUAGAGAGCCAAGAGGAAAGGCAGGGCAAGAUGCUGCUGCACACCGAGUACUCUCUGCUCUCCCUGCUGCACACGCAGGAUGGCGUGGUCCACCACCAUGGUCUCUUCCAGGACCGUACCUGUGAAGCAGUCGAGGACGCAGAGUCUGGUCGGAUGGUAAAGAAGAUGAAGAAACGCAUUUGCCUCGUCCUUGACUGCCUCUGUGCACAUGACUUCAGUGACAAGACCGCUGACCUUAUCAACCUACAGCACUAUGUCAUCAAGGAGAAGAGGCUCAGUGAGCGCGAGACUGUGGUCAUUUUCUACGACGUGGUCCGUGUGGUGGAAGCCCUGCACCAGAAAAACAUCGUGCACAGAGACCUGAAGCUUGGGAACAUGGUGCUCAAUAAACGGACCCACCGGAUAACUAUCACCAACUUCUGCCUUGGGAAGCACCUUGUGAGUGAGGGGGACCUGCUGAAGGACCAGAGAGGGAGCCCUGCCUAUAUCAGUCCUGAUGUGCUCAGUGGCCGGCCAUACCGAGGGAAGCCUAGUGACAUGUGGGCCUUGGGCGUGGUGCUCUUCACUAUGCUCUACGGCCAGUUCCCCUUCUACGACAGCAUCCCACAGGAGCUCUUCCGCAAGAUCAAGGCUGCUGAGUACACCAUUCCCGAGGAUGGGAGAGUCUCUGAGAACACAGUGUGUCUUAUCCGGAAACUGCUGGUUCUUGACCCCCAGCAACGCCUGGCUGCUGCCGAUGUCCUGGAGUCCCUCAGUGCCAUCAUUGCAUCUUGGCAGUCCCUGUCCUCUCUGAGUGGCCCUUUGCAAGUGGUUCCUGACAUUGAUGACCAAAUGAGCAGCUCUGACAGCUCCCAGGAGGCAAAGGUAACAGAGGAAUGCUCCCAGUACGAGUUCGAGAACUACAUGCGGCAGCAACUGCUGCUGGCUGAAGAGAAGAGCUCCAUCCACGAGGCCCGGACUUGGGUUCCCAAGCGGCAGUUUGGUAGCAUGCCACCAGUCCGACGACUAGGCCAUGACGCACAGCCAAUGACCUCUUUGGACACAGCCAUCCUGGCACAACGCUAUCUGCGGAAAUAGUGCCCUCAGCUAGGGCACAGGCCCAGCACACCUCUUCUCGGCCCACCCCAGGCCCAGCCAUUGGGCCUGCCUGGGCCCAGGCCCAGCAGUGCUGGAUUGAUUCUCCCAGGCUGCAGUAGGGACAGGGCAGGGAUAGGGACAGCCCAGGUCACAGCCAGGGUCAACAGAGGUACCACAAAGCUACCUUUUGGGAUGAUUGCUUGAUUGUUUUUUUAUCUGAGAAUUCUAGAUAGAUACCUAAUCUGCUUUUAAUCAUGACAUUUUAAUCUA